AUGAAGGGAUGGGCAGCUUGCAACAAGUCUCUGAUAUGUAAUCCAUCAACACGCAGUCAAAGUGCCAGGAGGAGGACUGAAGCAGAGUCGGGGGACCAGCAGCAGGGGUCUUCUGGUAGCAGUGGUGAUGAUGCGUGUGUCGGCGGCAAUGAUGGGGGUGUCGGCGGCAACGAUGGGGAUGUCGGGAGCAUGGCGGUGAUGAUGGGGAGCAUGGCGGCGAUGAUGGAGAGCACGGUGGCGAUGAUGGGGAGAAUGGUGAUGAGGGUGGUAGUAGCACUGGCGGAGCUGGCGGCAGUGGGGGCAACGGAAGUGGCCAGGGUAUAG